UUCUUUUUUGCAGAGACAUUUCACUUUAAGUCAUGGAUGCUGCAGCACCGAAAGACGUACAGCGCAGACCAGUACCAGCACAGGCUAGAGACCUUUGCCAGCAACCGGAGGAAGAUCAACGCCCACAACGCCAGGAACCACACGUUUAAAAUGGGAAUAAACCAAUUUUCAGACAUGACGUUUGCUGAAUUUAAACAGAAGUAUCUUUGGUCAGAGCCUCAGAAUUGCUCGGCCACCAAAGGUAACUAUCUUCGCGGUACUGGUCCCUACCCAUCCUUUGUGGACUGGCGGAAAAAAGGACACUUUGUCUCAGAAGUGAAAAAUCAGGGCAGCUGUGGCAGUUGCUGGACCUUUUCCACCACGGGGGCCCUGGAGUCUGCGAUAGCCAUCAAAACGGGGAAGAUGCUCUCUUUGGCGGAACAGCAGCUGGUAGACUGUGCCCAGGCCUUCAACAACCACGGCUGCCAAGGGGGCCUCCCCAGCCAGGCCUUUGAGUACAUCCACUACAACAAGGGCAUCAUGGGGGAGGACACCUACCCCUACACGGGCAAGGAUGGCCACUGCAAGUUCCAGCCCGAGAAGGCCAUUGCUUUCGUCAAGGACGUGGCCAACAUCACCCUCAACGACGAGAACGCCAUGGUGGAAGCGGUGGCCCUGUACAACCCUGUGAGCUUUGCCUUCGAGGUGACCAGUGACUUUAUGCUGUACAGGAAGGGCAUCUACUCCAGUACCUCCUGCCAUAAAACUCCAGACAAAGUAAACCACGCCGUACUGGCUGUUGGAUACGGAGAAGAAAAUGGGAAACCCUACUGGAUCGUGAAAAACUCCUGGGGCCCCCAGUGGGGCAUGAACGGGUACUUCCUCAUUGAGCGUGGGAAGAACAUGUGUGGGCUGGCCGCCUGCGCCUCCUACCCCAUCCCGCUGGUGUGAGCCCCGACGCAGCAGUGACCCGCUGGUGGAGACAAGGAGGGACCCCAGGCGCCUGGGCCGCUGGCAGGCGGUUUGCUCCAGAGGAUGUGGGGGGAGCCACCCAGGGCCCUCGCUCCGGGAGGAGGAAUUCCAGCAACAAGCCCACCUCAUCUCCUGACCAAACGUGAUCACCAGCCAUGUGCCUUAGGCCUCGUUUUUAACUGACUCGUACCCACCAAGAAUGUUCUUUAUUUCCAGAGGGGAGAGCACUCGUGACUCUUUGUGGCCUUGAUUGAAUAAACAUUCUGUGAGCACCUCCCCA